UUCGUGCGAAUCGCGUGGUGGAUCACGACCCUCAUAUCUUUCGAGAGAUGCCUGUGCAUCGCCAUGCCGCUCAAAGUCAAACAAAUCGUCACGCCAAGGAGCACGACCUGCGUGUUACUUUUAAUGGUGUUCAUCCCCCUCACGGGCAUGUACCCGGUCCUCAUAGGACGGCGCAUCGGGGACGUGUCCGUCAAGAACGUCACCGUUACCGGAUUUUACUACGCCGAGAACGGUCAGUUCCUCAACAAAGUUAGCGAGAUCUUCAGUGUCGUCAUGCAGUUCAGUUCCUACAUCAUCAACGCCAUCUGCGCCGCCGUCAUCAUAAUCCAGCUAAAUAUAGACUCAAAAUGGCGGAAUCAGUCGUCGAGCUCUGGCAAGCUCGUGAAUGCCAGAGUGUCUCGCGACAAAAGGAUCACGAAGAUGGUGGCCUUCAUUUCGUCCUUGUUUAUCCUCUGUUCCCUGGCGAGCUGCAUCAGUUACAUCCUGGUCGUGUCCCAUGUCCCCGGAUACAGUAACAAAUUCACGGACACGACCUACCUCGCCGUGCGGGAAUUUACGAUAUCGCUGGAGGCCAUCAACAGCUCGGGAAACAAUCUCGUCUACUACGCCAUGAGCUCAAAAUACAGAUCUGUUUUUAAUCAACUA